AUGGACGGCGUCGUCGCCGAGGCGGUGUGGUUUCGCCGCGAGCAGCUCGCCCGGCGAAAGGGCGGGCGCGCGAAGUUCGGCCGACGGGCUGCCUCGCAAGGGGUUUGGAAUGAUAUCGGCGGUAUUGCCUUUCGCGAGGGCGUGAAUAAUACGGCUCGGUAUAGCGCGCAUCCCGCAGGGGCGGAGUUUGGACCCCCCAAGGGGCCGCCACCAUAA